AGGAAAAGGAGAAGGAGAAGGAAAAGGAGAGGAGUCCCUGGAAAAUAGGCUCAUUUGUUCACUCCCGAGUGUGCGAAGCUCACCCAUUGAGAGCGAGAGGCAAGGCUGAGGUGUCCUGCCCUCUCCCGAUAUGAUUUGAGAUUGAGAUCCGGCUUAAAUCCGAAGGGAAAACUCUUCACGAGGUUUGAAAGCUGCGUAGUUGCGACAGCCGGGGGUUACGAGCUAUCAAACGCAAUUACGUUAAAAUAGAUUAUACUGUGUAAAUUGAGCCAUUUAGAAGGUGAGAACCAAAGGAACAGCACCGAUCCCCCUUCCGUCUAAAUUGCAGUUUUAGUUCCUUGCAAUUCUGAGGCACAAAAAGUAGGUGAGACUGCUUUUGUAUCUGCAAAGUGCUUUAUUUCUGAGUGUAAUUCUAACUGAGUGCAAUCUAGGUUAAAAGCUGGACAACUGGGUAAUUAGAGCUCACUUGCUGCUAAAGGACGAUCAGCUGUACCGUAGCUCAUUUGUGUUCCCAGAGACUUGUUCUCUUCUCCCCUGAGCGGAGGCUGCUGGAGAAGAAGCAUCUGUCCCCGGACUUUUCUUGAUUGCAGAGAUGAUGGUGCUGGACAAGGAGGACGGUGUGCCCAUGCUAUCCGUGCAACCCAAAGGCAAGCAGAAGGGCUGCGCCGGCUGCAACCGGAAGAUCAAGGACCGGUACCUGCUGAAGGCUCUGGAUAAGUAUUGGCAUGAAGACUGUCUCAAGUGUGCCUGCUGCGACUGUCGGCUUGGAGAGGUUGGAUCAACUCUUUACACAAAAGCAAAUCUCAUCCUUUGCCGCAGAGAUUACCUGAGGCUCUUUGGUACCACCGGGAAUUGUGCUGCCUGCAGUAAACUGAUCCCUGCCUUUGAGAUGGUGAUGAGGGCCAGAGAUAAUGUUUACCAUUUGGACUGCUUUGCCUGUCAGCUCUGCAACCAGCGGUUCUGUGUGGGAGACAAAUUUUUCCUGAAGAACAACAUGAUCUUGUGUCAGAUGGACUAUGAGGAAGGGCAGCUGAACGGGAGCUUCGAGUCCCAGGUCCAAUAACAAACCCUGCUCUGCUUGAAGCACUGUGGGAUGGGCGCCCGGCCGCGCCAGCAGCGAGGGCGCCUGUCAGCUUGCCUGCAAUAUUUUUUUAAUUCUUGGUCCAGAGAGGACUAUAUACAUUGUAGUACUUUUUCCCCCCCAACACAAAGCAGUUACAAUUUUAGAUGUACAGUUGUGCCUGCUUAGCUGAGCACUGCAUUGCCUGUAUGUUUGUGAGUUUUUGGGGUCUGGGGGAGGGCUCUGUACAGUCUGUUUUCUGUAUAUAAACUGGAACAUUUAUUUUAUGAAAAAUGUAAUGCAAUUUUAUUACUGGUGUGAAUUAAAAAUUAUGAAUGUUU